AUGCCGUCUCUCUACAAGGAUGCCCCGUCCGUGCCGAUUAGGGCUACAGCCAUCCAUGGCAGAAUCUCAAUGCUCGUAAAGCAACGAUACAAAGCAGACAUGCCCCCGUGGUGGGACUCCCUGCGCGAGCUCUUGACAACCCUCCUGGACGUCGGCUUCACGGUGUCCGGCCGCCCCAGUGCCGAUGUCGUGUGGAACAAGCUCCGAGAAGUCACGGAGGCUUCGCAGCACAUCAGCGUCAUCGAAAGCCAAAUCAACACUCAACUCUCGCGGAGCACCCAAACUCUGGCGCUCGAUCCGUGCGCCACCCACCGCACACCUGACGUACUUCCUCGGUGUCGUGGAUGGGUGGCUUCGUGCCUGCGAACAGUAUGCCCAGGAGUCCAAGAGAUUCGGGCAUGA